ACAAAGGAGAGCCUCUGGUGUUGAUCACUUAUUUUCUGCUGUGUGCGCGCGCGCGUCUGGGCAGAGGGGGAGGGAGAGAUGGCGUGCGCUGCGCAGUCCAUGCUCUCUGCAAGCGGCUGCAUCUUCCUGAGCAGCAAGCCUCAGGGAACCCUUGUACGCGGGAGCAUCGUCGGCGGCGGCAGCAGCAGGCCGUUCUUGCUCACCUGCGGCGCUUCUUCUCCUUCUCCUUCGUCGCCGCCGCCGGCGCCGACGCAGGAGGACUCCGACUGCAAUGAGGAGGAGUGCGCUCCCGAGAAGGAGGUUGGGAGCCUGAGCGCGGAGUGGCUGGCGGAGGAGAGGACCAAGGUCGUGGGCACCUUCCCGCCCAAGAAGAAAGGAUGGACCGGCUACGUCGAGAAGGAUACCGCUGGCCAGACUAACAUCUACUCCGUCGAGCCGACAGUGUACGUGGCUGAGAGUGCCAUCAGCUCUGGCGCGGCGGGCACGUCGGCUGAGGGGGCCGAGAACACGGCGGCCAUCGCCGCGGGGCUCGUCCUCAUCACCGUCGCCGCUGCCUCGUCCAUCCUCAUCCAGGUGAGCAAGAACCAGCCUGCGGUGCAGGCGGUCGACUACUCCGGCCCGCCACUCAGCUACUACGUUGCCAAGUUCCAGCCGGCGGUGGCUGCGCAGGCCGUCGAGGCUCCCGCACCCGCCGAGGCGGUCGGGGUCCAGGACAGCCCGGCCGUUCAGGCCUCCGCCCCGGAGACAGAGACGGCGUCCACCGUUGAGGCCUCUGCGGCGUCGGACGCCGAGCAGCUGUCCUCGUGAGCUGCUUGCUGCUGUUGUGGAGCAUCUUUGUAUCUCAAAUUCAGCUUUGAGGCAGCUUACAAAUGAGCUUGUAGUACACGCUGAUGGAAGAUAUAUAGACAUGACACAUGCAGAAAAGCAUCUCUGAAGUGUAUGCGUUCCGUGCAUAUAUCUGCUCUUAAGGAAGACCCUAGUCAAUA